CGACGAUUCAAGAUGAAAGUAAUCAGCGCUGCAGUGCUUAGCGCCGUGUUCUGCACGGUUGUGUCAGCGUCUGUGACAGUCAAAGAGGAACGCAGGACAGCGUUCUUUGGGGAGGACAUUCACAUGGAUGUCCCGCCUGGAAAUGCUGGAGAGGUCGUGUUCAAACCCAGGACCAAUCAGUCCUCUGAGGUGGUUCUGAUGCGAAGCGGAAAGGUGGUGAACCCACGGGGCCGCCUCAACUUCCUGGGCCAUCUGGUGCUGGACGACGUACAGGAGGAGGACGAGGGCGUGUACGUCAUCAAGAACAGCAACAACAACAACACAGUCAAGCAGCUCAUCCUCAUGGUUCGGGACUGUGCCUUGGAGCAAGUGGUGAAGUACGGAGAAACCUUCUCCAUCCACCUCAACCACGUCGAAGGCCCCAUCACCCUGGAGUUCAGGCCCAGUCUGAUUCAGGCCAAUCAAACCGAGAUACAUCAAACUACAGAGCCUCCGCCCGUGGUGCUGUACAACCAGACGGCGGUGUCAGCCGAGGAAUACGUGGGCCGCCUCAGUGUAUCGGAGAAACUGGUGACGCUGCACUUGGUCCGGAUGACGGACGAGGGGAGCUUUACAGUACUGGACCAUGAGGGCAAAAUCAGGAGGAGGAACUGUCUUAAUGUCAGAGAGCACCAGGACUUCAUGCGCCUCUCCUACGGAGGAAACCUAAAGAUGAAACUCUACCUGCACCACUCCAACGUUAACAUCGUCUACAAGCCCAAAUCAGACAAUAAGGACCGAGUCAUCCUGGACCAGGGGGUUCUGAUGAUGCCACUAGACCCUCUGCUGGAGGGCAGGCUGAGUGUGAAGGGGUCGGAGCUCUCUGUGAAGAAGGUCCAUAUGGCAGACAUGGGUGUCUUCAAAGUGACAGACCUCGCCGGGUUUCCUGUGGCUAAUGUCUACAUAGAAGUAAAGGCCUACAAGCUGCCGCCCCUGACUGUGGCCAUUCUCUGCAUGCUGUGUCUGAUCGCCUUCAUGCUGCUGGUGUGCCUGCUGUCCUGCCUCUACAAAGUGCACAAGAGGAACCAAAAGAACAAAAAGCUCAUGCUAAUUGCGCAGCAGGCUGGCAAGGGCGACGGCGACGCUUUCAGACAGGUGGUCAAUGAGGUGUACACCAGGUUCACUGAGGACUCUCUGAUGCAGUCCGUGUGUGAAAAGCCAACGGAGAGCACAGAGGUCACCAUCAAGGGCCUUGAGGUGUCUAAACCAGGCCGCUACCAGGCUCUUACCUCAGACAACUUUCUGGAGAUGAACGACUCUGGAGUGGAGUUCUCCAUCUCCGGUCUCCCACUAGACAGCGACACUGAUGCCGGGAUGACCUACGCCUCCCACAAACCCCUCCUGAGCGCCGUCUCUCCAACAGCCAUGACCAGUGGAGUUCAGUCAGACAGCCAGGAGGCCACUGCCGUCCCUGAUGGCGACCUCAGUGCCAGCCGGACCCCUGACUCUGCCAUGAGCGCAAGCCCUGCAUCCAAUCCUCGCUCAAUUGCAGCAGCGACCCCUGAUGGCAGCCUGUGUGGUCCUGCAUCGCCAGGAACAGCCUCCAGGGGCACUGCUGGGUCAGAUUCAGCCAAGACAGACGAAGGGGCUGAAAGUGGAGAAGUUGGGCAGAAAGAGGAAUCAGCUCAGAGCACCUGAGAGGAUCGACCACAAUGUUUUUUAAAUCUCUUCAUCAUAUCUCCUCAUACAGUAAUGACAUCCACUUCUGGCUCUAUCAUAUAACCACCACCACGUCCUUGAUCACUGCACUGAAAACAUCACAGACAAAAUAUAUUCAUCACUUAGAGCUGGAUGUCAGUGCAGCCCAGGAUAAAAAUAAUAAAAAGACAGUUGCAAAAAAAAACCCAUUGCAAAAUGAAAUGCACUAUGCACUGAAAAAUUUGAUGCAAAAAGUAAACCUACUGUAAGCUCUAUCAAAAGAAGAACAAAGCAAUUUUGUGCACAUGGAAAAUGCAUGCAUUUAAAUUAAACAUUAGAGUAGAUACCAUAGUUGAGAUCUGCAGGACAAUGCUGAUGUUAGAGUAGAGGGACUGCAUGCAAACCUGAACGGACUAAAGAAGCACAGGCUCCGAAAGAAGUUGAUGUGAAGAGCGUAAAACACCUAAUUAGGAUCAAAUGAUCUCGGCUCCUGUCGAAAAGGUUGUCAGAAAAAAUGAAGGGGAGUUUGUCAGUUUGUCAGGUUGAGUCAGUUUGAGUCAGACCAAGGCGACCGACCACGACGGCACAGAGCAUCUCCCCCCGUUAGAGGCAAAUCUGAAUGUGUUGCCUCUGACUGUACUUUUGUCUGCUCUCACCUGAAGCUGUCGGGAUUGCAUUUUUAAGACAUAAUCUAAAAAGAACAGUGGAAACAGCCACCACAUCUCACUCACACUAAUGAUGACGUGCCAGAGAAACCCCCCAGAGGAACGACAGCAAACUGUAGAAACGAGACCUCGUGUGUUUUUAUUUCUUCAUCCCGAUGGAGUUGUCACAAACCCUGUCAGAGCAAAGCAGAACUGGGGGAGGGACACUCCCAGGACUUUUGGAACAGUUCUUGAGAGCGUAAUUGGAUUCUUGGCCUCUUUGCAGAGGGACAGAUUCACGGACGCCUUUAUAUUUAGAGUGAGGAGCGGUGAUAAAAGAGACGACAGUGAUGGAACAGGGUGCCGUUCCGGGGAACUGAUAAAUGGCUUGCAUGAUUUAAAGCCUCCUAUUUUCAUCUCGGCCCCCAUCCAUCGCAUUGGAGCUCUGAUUAUUGUUGCCUGGUUGUUUUCCAAAAUGAAGAAGACUGGGAGGACGGAUCAAUCUGUGAUAACGACGCAGCCUAUACAGCUCUGACAGAAUGAGGUGGGUGCAGUAUGUGCGCUGGGGGAGUUUCUUACAAAGCCAACCAACCAUAUUUUACAUUCAGUGCACUGCAUGGAGACAUGAGUCCAUUCAGCCAAUGAAAUAUAGAAAAUGAAAAAGAGGAGGACAUUACCAGAGCAUAUAAAUCCUGAGCUGAUGGUUAAAGUAAUAUCAAUAACUCAUAAAGGCUACUCCACACUUUUACUCAUGGUGCUCUAUGAAUCCAAACCCCUCAUUUAAUUCACCAACACAUAUUACUAUUGACUGUAGCAGCAGUAGUAUAUGUCGUGUGUAUACUAUAGAAAGGUCACAUGUUUACAACCACCUCAGUUUAAAGGAGACAUAUUCUGCUCGUAUUCAGGUUCAUAAGUUAAUUUGUGUUAUUACUCGAAAUUGUUUACAAGCUCCAAUCGUAAGAGAACACACUUUGCAUAACUUUAACAUUUACAAAAAACAAAAUAUAUAACACACAAGAGGAGAGAAACACUGAAGAGGCUUCAUGUGACUCUUUUAAAUGUUUUCAGCUACCCUCAUAUUUAUUAAAGGCAAGAACUGAUCAGGUCAUGCUGCAUAUUUGUUAAUUCAAUCCCUGGGCUACAUCUUCUUAGGGAGAAAUUUGGAAGCGACGCUGUUUUAGUUUUAAAAAUUCCGAGGCUAGAUUUGAGUCUGGACGGGCAGAAACGGAGAUGUUUGGAAACGAUGACGUAGAUAUUCAGUGCUGAUUGGGUCUUUUCUGUCACGACGUAGCAUUUGCUGAUUGAUUAGAUUCAUCAGUUUUGGCUGUAAAACGCAACAUAGAUAAUCAAUUACACGCGUUGCUGACGCUGUUGUCUUUGCUUACAGCUGCAGUUAAAUUCUGGAUGAAGCCUUGGAUAAAAUCAGUAGUCCUGCCUUUUUUGUUUCGCUUCUUUUUCAAGGAGCUGCUGUUUACACAAGGAGAUUUGGGUAAAUCUGCACAUUCACCUGCUGACCGAACUACAAGAGAAAGAUUCUGUUGGAAAGUAAAGAAAGAAAAGACACAAGUGAUGGACCAAAGAAGUGCAGAUGAGAUGAGAGGGUGCAAACAGUGGCACAAGUUCAAACAUAUUUAAAGAGAAGUGCGGACGGACUCAAUUAAAGGAAGCUCCCACAGUGCUAACAACUGCUUUCGACUAAUUAGUUCCCUUAUCUCGCUGUAGAAGGAGCCUUCGGGCUAAUUCAGGUCACAGGAAGACGUUUCACAGAACAAGAGCGAGACAUCUCACGCUGCCGAAGAAACGCCGUUCAAGCACGUCCUCUCCUGCACGGGGUCAAACAGUCUGAAGUACUUACAUUGAGCCCCUGUGCACUUAAAGAGCACAGCACCUUAGGGGGGAAGCGGGGCGGUAUCCAUGGCAACAUUCCUCACGUGCUUCAUCCGCCGAAAUACACCAACAUAUAUUCCAUCACAAUGGUCGUCGAUCGCAUUUAGAUGUCACUGUUAGCAUUUAGCAUUCGCAGCCAUUCGCGGUGUGGCUACCUCACGCUGUACAUGAGUUGAUGUCAAUCUGGGACGUGUGAAAGAAUUACGACCUUUACCUCUGAGUUGAGCUCGUCACACAGACACGUGUGUGAUGUCUGGAAAAGAAAAGCACAAGUAUCGACACAGGCGAUCGCAGUGUGGUGUGUAGUUUGGACGGAGUUAUUAUGAGGGUGUAAAACGACUUACAUGUCACUGAAUUACUGAUUUUAUACGACAAUUUUAUAAGGCAGCGCUUACAUGUUAUACAUAAAUAUACGCAUAUUCCCACAGCUGACUGCUUGUGUCAGGUUGAUUUGAAAAAGCGCUGAUGAGAAGGUUCAAUGGGCAAGUGACAGGUUUAUGGUCAAAGGCUUUUAAUUUACAUCUAAAGCAAUAUUAAUGACAAUGGCACUGAACCCUCACUAACACGCACAGGUCAGUGAGGAAUCUGACAAAGCACUUCGAUCACAUCAGUAUCGGCCGCUCUUAAUCAUCCUUUUUUCCCACUGUUGUAUAUAUUUAAAUAUAUUAUAUGCAUGUUUAUAAUGUGGAAACACUAAUAUGUUUCGUACUGCAAGGCUUAUGCAAGAUUUUAUACAAAACGCUGCAUCGAUCCUUUAACCCGAUGUCCACAGUAGUAGGUGAAGAACUGACACAAAGUGCUGGAGACCCCCCACCAUCCAUCCCAAUCUCAUGUCACGUUUACAUUUUGGUGAGGUCCUUUCAUCGAGGUUUGCCUCAGCUGCGAUGUUGUAUCUGUUGUCGCUUCAGAUGUGUGCACGUUUUGACGUCCUGGACUUAAAAUUGGAUUUAGAUAAAAUAGCAGGAUUUCAUAAAAAGCUGUAAAUCAUGACGCAAUCAUCAAAUAUCCAAGUAAAACCAAACUUAUCAGAAACAUGAACUGUUGAGAACAAACAUCAGUGUGAUAAGAACUACAUAAAAGGACAGAAGCCAUGUUUGAGAAACAUAUAUUUAACGUAUACGUAGAUUUUCCGUGUCCCAUCUGCUAACAGGGAGGAGUCGGGGUUAAUGACCUAUACCGCAGCAAGCCACCAGGGGGCAAUUCAUGUGAGAGUUAAUAAAGUUUGAAAAGAUGGCAACAGAUUCAUUUUCAUAGUUAAUUUAUGAUCUUUGUGAGAUAGAUAUAUUAUAGAGGUGAGGCUGCUACGAUAUGUAAAAAUGAAACGCACCUGGCUUUUGUGAAUAUAUCUUUCUUUUUUUAAGCAGAGAUAAUACGUUUUAAAACCUUGUUUGAAAGACGUUUCUUUUGGUUUUGAAUUGUGACGGGUGAGGAGCGUCCCCUGGAUUUCUGUCUGGUGUCUGCGGGAAUAAUAAAACUGUAGCUUCAGGCAAUCACAGCUGAUGUGAGCUCGGUGAAAGGAUUUAAUUUCUGUCAUUCAGACCUCGCUCUGAUGUUUUCUGUUUCAUUACACAUCACAGCUGCUCAUUCACAAAGCCUCUCAGAACAGAAGUGCUGAUCCGUGUGUGGGCAGAGCAGAUUUAAUAAAAUGUCCUUUCACUUCUGCUAGAUUCGCUCGUCUGUUAAUCUACUGUUCUCCAUAAUUCAAAAGAAAAUAAUGAAAAACCAUGAAACGAUGUCGGCGCUGCUAAUACCUUGGCUCACAAUAGAAAUUUGCUUUCGCACAAAAUAUCAGAAGAACUGUCGAGUGCAGUUUCCGACACAUAUCAAUUAAUUUCUAUUCACUCCGAUGCAAAUCUGUGGCUUUUCCUGUGCUCGGUUAUAAUUGAAUUUAGUCUUAUCUAUGAUUCAUAACGGAUUAAUUGAAAACCUCUGAUCUCUGUCACUCCAAGCGCACUCUUUGAGCACAGUAUUUUAUAGUAAGAGCAUUUUUAAAUCAUAUACAUAUUCUUCUGGACAAACUGGUCCCAGCUCAGCUGCACUUUUACUCUGGGCAAUUUUGUGAACUGACAUGCAAUGCACCCCGUCUGCUUGAACCGUGUUUUAUAAUCACGCAUCUGUCUCCACUGUCACACUCCCAGCACUAAAGAAUGUUUUUUAUAAAAUGGAAAAACAAUAUUCCUAGAAAUAACCAAUAUAUACCUUUCAUAUAAUCAGUGUGUUACUCUGGGAUCAAUGUACGACAUCCCAAGUGCAUUUGCUGGGAAAUAAAUAUAAUCGCACUUCCUUUGAAUGAAUGAAUGAACAUGCUUGAUUACAUUUCAUGGUCAGAACUUUUUGUAGCAUCACAUUUAGCACCAAAAUACUUACUCUGAUAUUAUAGCCUAUAUCUGCUGUCCCAGUGUAUACCUAAGACUUUCUGUACCUGCAGCAUGCUGACCUGUAGAUUGCUUGUGGGACAGCAGGUGGAUGAUGAUAGUUAAUAUAGUAAUAAUAUGAAUUGCACUUCUCUGUACAGCUGGCCUCCUGAGUCCAUCCUCGUGUCUGACCCUGGUUUCCCAUGAUCGCCCCAACACUAGAAACCACAUAUUAGUGGUUCAGCUUAAAGUUGAAGGAGAAUACUGGUGAUUUUUGUUUCUAAAGCAUAACGGAUGUAUUUAUUACCUCCGACAUGCCGGUUAUGUUUUCGCCCCUGUCCGUUUUUUUGUUAGGGAACACGAUUAUGCAAAAACUACAGAAUAAACUUUCUUAAAAUCACUUUCUGUAACAUUUUUUUUUUUGUGGUUUAUUUGAAUUAAGGGCCUCGUCGGAGGUCGGUUAUGUUUUCAUAUUUUUGUGACACUUUCUUUAUGUCCAUCUGUACCAUUCUGGCUGGAAAAGAGAAAAAACAUGAAAUUUGGUGGAAGGAUGCGACAUAGACCGAAAAAGGAACCCGUCGCCAAACAUUAGCAUUGUGACCUUUGUUUGCAAUUUCACCAAUUUCCCUGCAUGGGAUUAAUUAAUGUAUCUUAAUGAAUACGCUCUACUGAGUGCCAUGCUAUUUCUUUUGGGUUCUGCGAUAUAGUUGAGGUAUAAAUAAUAGGCUGUUUUAAACUAUUUACUUCCAAUAAUUAAUUUGAAAUAUCUGUUAAAUGUGAAUUAUGAAACAAGAAGCCUCCAUUUGGCUCAGUCAACAUUUCUGUUUAACUUCUGCUGGAGUUUCGAAAAAAGAAUUUCACUGCACGAUCUUACUCUGAGCAACUUUUGUUAAGUUUUGUUACUCUCACAUUGAAUGCCAUGAUAUCUAUAUCAACUCAAUGUGAUCUACAGUUUCUGUGAAAUCCCAACAUUAAGAACAUCCACUCACUUCAUCGUCACUUGGUUUUAGUUUUGGGAAACCGCAGCGUCAGGGUGGCUCGAGGCUAAAUGUUGGUUUUAACCCAUGACUCAGGCGGGUGAAGUAUUGUCAUUGUCAAUAUUCCUGCUGUUGCUUUUUCAGAAAAACUUAGCUAAACUAUUUUUACAUUAGAAAAAAACGUCACCUUUGCUUUUCACUCGAUCUUGUACUUUAUAGAAAUAUGGGUAUUUUCUAUAAGUCAGUAGUGUCUGUUUGAUUUCUGCGAUAAUAAGGGUAAUGAAUGAUAAAUUAAUAUAUUGGUGUUAGGAAAAUUUGCUUUUUUAUAAUUCGGACUCUAUAUAUUUUGCUUUAUACUGUGUGUUUUUUUUCUGUGUUGUGUUUGAGUUUUAAUUUAGUUGAAUCUAUCACCAAACCUGUGUGUUUUCCUCACUGAGAGUGAAGGGAGGUAUUCUGAUUUAACCUAACUUUUUUAAAUGUCAGAAAUUCUGCUCUGCUCACUGGUUUGUUUGCAUUCAGGUUUUGUAUUUGUAUUUGUUGCUUUCAUUUCAAAAGAAAUCACGUGACUUCUUCAAACGACAUCAGAUUCCAUUUGAUCGUUUUACAAACGUGAGUGAAUCAUUGACUUUUACAAUACUUCACUGCUCUGUCAUGAACAUGAAUCAAUAAUCAUUUAUAUACCGAUAAGACCUUCUGGCAUCCUGCACAGACUUUUGUAAAGCUUCUCUCUUUUCUGUAUUGAAUGAAUUGUUGCAAUUAAAAUAAUUUUAAACAGA